CGCCACCAAUACUUCCGUACCUACGAGGAAAUAUAUCCCUGCGGGCAAGAAUCAAGUUGGAUUGUUUUCAUCAUGUGACGAGUUUUCAGGAUAAAAACAAAACCCCCCACCGAGGAAUCUCCGCCCCUUCCUCCCUCAUCUCCCUGAAACGAUGUUCACGCUGACGAAUUGGGCAGGUAUGGAGUACCGAUAAGCAACUAACGAUGAGUGGCCCAGUGGUCUGUUUCGAGUUAAUGCCAAAAAAAAGUUCUCCAUUGUGAAAUUGUGCAAAGUUGGUUGUGGAUCAUCGUGAAUCAAAUCUUGUGUUUUCGAUUCUUGGGGGAUUCGUGGCUUGACGCCCGAUAUGUUGCCAUUUUUGGAACCUUUCAUGCUUGCUCGGCCUCGUGAGACGACAGAGGAAGAGAGGAAGGCCCAAGGAUCCGCGAGGUAUGGGGAAACAAGAUCUCUGCGACCACUCACCGUCGUCCUAAUCAUUUUUCCUCCAAACAUCGUCGGGUUUUGUCCGGGCGAGGUCCACCUCAACCAUUGGAAGCGAGCCGAAAAGGGAUGUUGAGAUUAAAGAAAAGUGCUAAAGUUGGAUUCAGAUGAAUAGCCUCAUCAAACACCCGGAAAUAGCAUCCCACGACCAUGGUCAAUCGUACGAAGUAAUUGGGCUCGCAAGUGCCAUUGCUCCCCAAGAUGAAAAAGGUCGCGAUUCCCUCAUGUUUUCGGCUUCUUUCUUUAUCGCAAGGUUUCCUCGCACCCGGUCCUUUUGUACAGUCCAAGUCUCUCAAGUUGCAUAGUUGUGCGGGUCUCUAGCCUCGACGGCACCAUAUCUUCAUACACUCUUUAGUCCCAAGCCAGCAGAGAUCUGAGCUAUUCCAGUACAGUACAUCAUACAAAUUUUGGCAAGAUCAACAAAGCUACGGCCCUUACUUAACUCAUACACCCAAACGGUAUACCCUUAUAUUCACACUCAUACAAGCCAUCAAAAUGCGAUCCUUCGCUACAAGCCUGGCCUUCGUGGCUGGAGCUUAUGCUCAAUCAAAAGCCUCGGCCGACGUCAACACCGGCAUUACAUUUCAAGCUUAUUCGGAUACAGCAGGUAGUGGAUUUUCUUUUGGUGCUGCGGUUCCAACAACUAUCGGAAGUGAUUUUAUUGGACAAAUUGUGAGAGCUUCCCCCCGGGUACAUGGAAACUCGCUAACGGGUUCUACAGGUUGCCCCCAACAAUGGAAGUGGUUAUGCUGGUGUUGCCUUGACUCCAUUGAUGGCAAACAGUCUUUUAGUUAUUGCAUGGGCCAAUGGAAAAGAUGUUGUCGGUUCAACAUAUACAGCUAGGUAAAAUAUAGAAGUUCCGUCUCUCCGGCAUCAACUUACAUCACCCCAGCGGAUAUACCUCUCCAACACAUUACAGCAAUGCCAGUGUAUUGAUCGAGCCAAUUGCGAAAGGUACAUUCACGAAUGGCACACACUUGUCAUAUACCUUUUUGUGCAAAGGAUGCGUUCAAGGAGGCAUUACUUCGUUCUCCUCCAGUGCCAAAGACAUCACUAUGGGAUUCGCCAUGUCUAGCACUACGCCAACUAACCCAACAUCCGUCGAGUCCGCUGGAUUUACCUUCCACAACAUUGGAUUUGGCAACUUCGGCCUUACCCUCGCGGGUUCCGCAGACUACCCAAAAUGGGCUUCAAUGGCGACCGCCGUUAGCGCCAGUCCGAUUUCAGUACCAGCCAGCGAUUUGACUUGCUCGACCAGAAAUGUAACCGCGACCGUUUCAAACUCAACCUACGAUUACAUUAUUGCGGGAGCCGGACCAGCAGGAAUUAUUGUCGCUCAAAGAAUGGCUGAGAGUGGAAAAUCCGUUCUCUUGCUUGAGGGUGGAAAAGCUUCUACGUUCGCUCAAGGAGGACGAAGUACCGUCAGCUGGAAUGACACCGUCACCCAGUAUGAUGUUCCUUCAAUGGCAUAUUACCUUUCAACGGCCUCAGAUACCUCUGAAUACUGCACUGAUACCGCUUCGCAAGCUGGAUGUAUUCUCGGUGGUUCAACUAUGGUCAACGCCUUGAUGUUUGUUCGACCACAAGCUGCUGAUUUCAACGACAAAUGGCCAACUGGAUGGAAAUGGGAUGAUGUUGCAGCUUCCGCCGCGAAGCUGUAUGAGCGGAACCCAGGAACAACUCUUGCAUCCAGGGAUGGCCAAAGAUACGACCAAGGUGCCUUCACGGCAAUGUCUUCCUUCUUGAAGACCAUGGGAUGGAGCCAAGUUGAUGCCAUUGAGUCUCCUAACGAAAAGACCAAUGUUUAUAGUUUCCCAGCAUGGGAUAUUCAGAAAGGUCUCCGUGCUGGUCCUGUCACCUCAUACCUCCCCCUUGCUCAAGCCGCGUCCAACUUCAAGCUUACUUUGAAUACCAAGGUUCUUCGUGCCAUCCGAAAUGGUUCUGCCAUCACCGGUGUUGAGACUCAAGAUUCCACUGGUGCGCGACAAAUCAUCAACGUCAAUGCCGGUGGGAAGGUUAUCCUCGCUGCUGGUACCAUGUCCACUCCCCGCAUUCUUAUCAACAGCGGUAUUGGACCAAAGGCUCAAAUCGACAUUGUUUCCGCUAGUUGCACCGGCAUCAAGCUUCCAGCUGAGGCUGAUUAUAUCAACCUUCCUGUCGGCGAAAAUCUUCGUGAUCACCCAGUUUUCACAUUGACCUUCAACAUCACGGAUAACUCCAAUGCCUCUACUUCCAUGGUAGCAUCGCAAUUCACAAAUCCAAGCACCACUGAUAUCGACCUCUUCGCUAAGGCCAGUGGACCUCUUGCGCAGAGCGGACAACGUCUCAACUUCUGGACCAGUCUCAACGGCACAAGCGGUACCCGUUUCUUCCAAGGAACCGUCAACUCCCCAUCUGCUGGUCUUGUACGUGCUAAAAUCUACCUCACCCACGGUUCCACCUCCAGCGGAUCCUUGGGAGUGACAUCCACCGGCUCAACAAAGUUUAUCACCGAGCCACUCAUGAACACCGACGAAGAUAAAGCAGCCGUCGUACAAUUUCUCGACUCAAUGAUUAACAGCGCUAAGAACUCAUCUGUCUUGAGUCUUGCCUCUCCCACCACUGGUUCGAAGUUGGUCUCAUCUUUCACCUCCGGUUCCCACUUUAUCGGCACAGCCAUGAUGGGAGCUUCCAACGAUGGGAAAUCGGUUGUUGAUACCGAUACCAAGGUUUUCGGAACUGACAACCUUUUCGUUGUUGAUGGGAGCAUUCAUCCUGAUUUGCCUACUGGUAAUACUCAGGCUAUUAUCAUGGUAGCUGCUGAACAUGCUGCUGCUAAGAUUCUGGCUCUUGGAUCUGGAUCUGGAUCUCUGUCUAAUGGAACUUCCACGGCUACCAACUCUCCUUCUGUCCCUGUAAAGAUUGGAAGUGCUUCGGCUUCUGUUUCUGCUGCUCAAGCAACCUCUGCCGUGCCAGCCGCUCCUACGCCAGCUAAGGGGGAUGACGCUUGCGCGUAAAUUACCAUUGUAUGGUACUGUUCCUAGUUUGAAAACCUAUCAUCUUCGCAUUCUUCUAUAUAUAUUAUUAAAUUCCCAGCACAUAGAUAGAUUGAUACCCAU